AUGUCGCUGUUAGCUGUACAAAAUGGAUACUCAGUUCGUGCCCACAAGUUCAGUUACAUCAAUGCCAGCACCAUACAACUUGGUUUUGCGGUGUUGGCGUUUAUCUACGCGAUUUUCCUUGUGCGUGAGACACAUUUCCCGCAUCCAGAUGGUUAUCUAUACAACAAUCUUGAAAGAGAACAAGUUCGUCCCAUUCCAUCUUCUGAAAGUGCUGCCAGUGAACAGAUCAAAUCAAAACCAUUUACAGUGAUAGUAAAGGAAAAUCUUCUUGGACUUGUAGAGGUGAUGACAGAAAAACGUCCGGGAUGGACGAGAUGCUGUCUGAUUAUGUCGCUACUCUUCGUUAUGAUGGAGUUUUUGGCAUUGGACUCAUCAUUGCUGUUUCUCCUCGUUAAGAGACAUCCAUUCUCGUGGGGUGACAAAACCUUUGGCUACUUCUCGUUAGCCCGUGGUGUGCUAUUCUCCGCUGGAAUGGUAAUAUGCCCAUUACUUCUAACCACUGUCCAUUGGUUGGGCAAAGAUAGUCUGAUGAUUUUGAUUGGUAUCGGAGCAUCGGCGGCAUCAUUUUUUGUCCUUUCGCAAGCUACCAGUACUCUGGAGAUCUUCUUGACAUCCGGAUUUGCGCUUCUCUGUGGAGGUAUUGCACCUGGCUAUCGUUCUUUCCUUCCACGAAUGGUACCCAAAGAGCAGACCGCUAGGCUACUUACAGUGUGCUCAAUAAUCAUGGCGUUCUGUCCAAUGUUCUCAACUCUCAUCUUCAAUUCUAUCUAUAAUGCGACGAUUGAAUGGUGGCCAGGAUUCGCCUUCUUCGUGGGAGGAAUAAUACAAGUGCUCGUUGUUAUUGGUCAAGGAGGUAUUCAUGUUCUCAUGCGGCCGCAAUGGUUGCUUGAAAAGAAACUGAAGACGCAGUUGAGAUCCGACAGGGUAGCACCGGGAGACGCUUAUACGGGAAAUGGUGAAUCAGUCAGAACUGAUCCAAGUGCCAGUAGUAAUAUUCAUCCUGGAGCUUUAGAAGAAACAAGGCUUGGAGUUACUCGAGUUCCUGUAUGA